AAGUGGUCGAGUUGCUCUCCAUGCUGCGAGUUUGAGCAGCACGUUUGAGAAAACUGACACCAGAACUGCGACUAAAAUUCACAGAACACCUUUACGGCGAUGUUACUAGUUGAUGUAGAUCAGUUUUGUUUAAGAAACAUUUACAAUAUGAGCGUUAAAUGAUUCCUCGUCAGCGAAUAUCUUGUGUUCUGUCGAUGUACCUUCAGGACUCGGAGGAGCUGGACAGGGGGUCAGAGGUGGACAUGAACCCACCGAAGAGGCUCCGCACAGCAGAAAGUCAAGCAGGAACAGAGCUGGAGGUGGAGAAGAGAGCUGUGGAUGUGAGUAUCGUCAUGCCAGUGUACAAUGCAUCAUGUUGGCUGGAUGAGUGUCUACAAGCCAUAAUAGACCAAGACUUCACUGGAUCCAUGGAGCUCUCUGUGUUUGAUGACGCAAGCACUGAUGACUCCAGAAAAGUGGUGGAGAGUUGGAGGGAGAAGCUUAAGGUGAGGGGCAUCUCAUUGGUGGUCUCUGGUCACAACUCGCCCCAACCCAGAGGAGUGGGAUAUGCGAAGAAUAAGGCAAUAUCUCAGAGCUGCGGACAGUACUUGUGCUUUCAGGAUGCGGACGACAUGAUGUUGCCCCAAAGAGUUCGUCUGCAGUACGAUGCAUGUGUCCUCCACCAAAACACUCUGAUUGGCUGUAGAGUCCAGAGGGUGCCGGAAGGAUCUACGGAGCGUUACACUCGCUGGAUAAACACACUCUCUCAGGACCAGCUCAUCACACAGGCGUAUACCUCUCACGGGCCCACAGUCGUCAUGCCGACGUGGUUCUGCUCAAGGAAAUGGUACCUGAAGGUUGGACCGUUUGAUGAGGGAGGCAAGGGAGUCCCGGAGGAUCUGCUCUUCUUCUACCAGAGUCUUCGUCAAGGAGGGAGUCUGUCCAGGGUCGACCGGUGCCUGCUGGUCUACCGUUACCACGAGAAGGCCGCCACUCACUCUGUAACCGAGGAGACUAUUUGGAGGCUGCGAGUGGACUUCCUGCAGGAGAGAGUCCUCAGCCAGUGGGAGACCUUCACCAUAUGGAACGCUGGGAAACAGGGCCGAAAGCUGUACCGAUGCCUGAGCCCGACAAAUCAGAAGAAAGUCAAAGCCUUCUGUGACGUGGACGAGAACAAGAUCCAGAAAGGCUUCUACACAUAUGAGGAAUCCAAGGAAAGGCCGAAGCCAAAAAUCCCAAUUCUGCACUACAAAGUGGCGUCCGCCCCCUUCGUCAUCUGUGUUAAACUGGACAUGACAGGAGGCGUUCUGGAGGAAAACCUCAACUCUUUGCAGCUGAAAGAGGGAAUCCAUUUCUACCAUUUCAACUGAGCGCUCAGAGGGAUGGAGCCCUGCAGGUUCAACACUCAGAGGAAUGCAGAGGAUUACUAACACAUAUACACAAGCUGAGAGACGGCAGGUAAUAACGGGGCAAGAGCGAACACUGGAACGGAGUGGAGGACAAUAACAAGACGAGGGGAAAGAGACGCUUAGAAUGUGUUUGAAGUAUAAAAAGGGCUUUUUUACACGUGCAAAGAGGGUGAAGACUUUCAAGCGGUCAUAGUUUUACUUGGCAAAUUUGAUGGAACGGUUGAUAAAGGCGCAGCAGCACAUCCCAGAUCUGAUUUCUGAUUUCUCUGCCUCCCUCUUUAACCACAUCACUGAGGUUGUUGCAGUUGGCUGUUUUCAGAGAAGCUUAGAGGAAGAAUUCCACAUUUUGCGGAAACACGCUUAUCCGCUUUCUUAGUGAGAGUUAGAUGUGAAGAUUGAUUCCAGUCCCACAGUUAAUAAAAGGUCUCAUAUAUUAGAUAUGAAGCUACAGCCAGGAGAUAUUUAGUUCAGUUUAGCAUGAAACCAGCAACAGCAGAAACCUGUCAGCACCACUGAGGCUUAUAUGUAGUUUGUUUAACGACGACGAAAGUUGUUUUUUUCCUUGAUAACAUGUCUAAAUGUCUUUAUUUAAGCACAUCAUAGAUAAAAUAUCAGCUAUUGAAUGACAUUUCCACAUUGAUACUGCAGGUUAUCAGUGACAGUCGCGUUUCAGACUUCCAGAGUUUCAUACGUAACAAACCGGACGAAUCAAACCCAUCAAAGGCUUCAUGUGUCUGCCGAUAUUCUAGUCAGACACAGAUUUUUUUUUUCUUUUUUAUACGUAACAUGUUUUUAUGUUGUUACCUCAGCCA